AUGCCCGUCGUCAAGGGAGGUGUGUGGACGAAUAUCGAGGAUGAAAUCCUCAAGGCGUCCGUGUCCAAAUAUGGACUUAACCAGUGGGCUCGCGUGUCAUCGUUGCUUGCCCGCAAGACGCCGAAGCAGUGCAAGGCGCGUUGGAACGAAUGGCUCGACCCCAGCAUCAAGAAGAUCGAAUGGAGUCGCGAGGAGGAUGAGAAGCUCCUGCACAUCGCCAAGCUCAUGCCCACGCAAUGGAAGACCAUCGCGCAUAUUGUAGGCCGAACUGCGAACCAAUGCCUCGAACGCUAUCAGAAACUUCUCGACGAAGCCGAAGCCCGCGAAGGCCUCAGUCUUACGGGAGCCGAUUCGGAGACGGCUGCGCCCACCGCCGAGGAUGUGCGCAAACUCCGCCCUGGCGAACUCGAUCCCGACCCCGAAACAAGGCCGGCCCGACCAGAUACCAUCGAUCUCGACGAAGAUGAGAAAGAGAUGUUGAGCGAAGCACGUGCGCGCCUCGCCAAUACGCAGGGUAAGAAGGCCAAGAGAAAGGCGAGGGAGAGGCAGCAAGAGGAGUCGCGCCGCCUGGCGACCCUCCAGAAGAGAAGGGAGCUCAAGGCUGCCGGCAUCAAUGUCAAGAUCACCACGCGGAAGAAGGGCCAGAUGGACUACAACGCCGAUAUCCCCUUUGAAAAGAAGGCCGCACCUGGUUUCUACGAUACCAACGACGAGAUGUCCCGCAACGAACACCAACGGGAGGACGAGAGCAGCACCGACCGAAAGAGGCGCAAAGAUGACAAGGAUGGCCAAUCCGCUUCGACUCAGGCCGCCAUCAAAGCCGGUCAGAUGCAGCGCAUACGAGAAGCGGAGCAGAGUAGCAAGCGCCGUGCCCUCGUUCUCCCAACCCCGCAAGUCAGCGAUGGCGAGCUGGAAGAGAUUGUCAAGAUGGGUGUUAUGGGAGAGAGAGCGAGCAUGACGGCUCGGGAGAGCGAGAAUGCCGCAACCCGUGGUCUCAUUAGCGACUACACAACCCUCAACACCUCGGCGCCGAUCCGGACGCCCAUGGCGCCCCUCAGGAGGAUCACAUCGCGAAUGAAAUACGAAAUAUCCGAGCUCUUACCCAGACCCAAUCCAAGUCAUCGCGACGCCAAACCCCUCGCGACUCCCCUGCGGACCGCGCAAAAUGGCGUUGGCGCGACGCCCGCCCGACGGCGCGUCCUUGGCAUCAGCCACCCCCGCGACGUCAAGAUGCACAACCUCGCAGUGCGCCAGCAACUACGGCAGGGGCUUUCUUCGCUCCCCAAACCCAAGGAUUCGGAGUGGGAACUAGAGCUUCCCGAGGAACAGGCAGAUAUUGGCGACGGUGACGAGGUGCAAGAAGAGGACGCCGCUGAGAGGGACCGUCGAGAAAGGGACAUUCGCGAGGCUCGCGAGGCGCUAGAGCGCAGGAGAAGAACCCAAGAAGCCGCCGCUCUGAUGGCGCACGAUGCAGUCAAGUAUCCCGUACAAGGAAUCAAGGUGGUUGGUAAAGCUCCGGCUCUCCAGACUAUAAGCGACGACGCCCUAGCGGAAGCGGGCCUCCAGAUCAUGCUCGAAACACCCCCGAUUCCCAGCCUCGAGGAUAUUCAGAAGAGUUUCGAGGCACGCAGCAAGAACGCCAUUCUCCUCGGACUCGGGUGUUACGAGGACGAUGAUGACGAUGUCAAGGUCGCCGCAGUGACCCAAACCUUCAACGCCGUUCAAGACGAAAUCCAGCUCACGGCGGAGCAAAAUGCUAAGUUAGAGAAGAAGCUUGCCCUUCACUUUGGCGGCUACCAGAAGCGCCAAAAGGUGCUGCGCGAUCGCAUCACCCAAGUUGCGCGCGAUAUCGUCAAGGCGGAGAAUGCCCUCGGAGCCUUCAAGACCCUGGCCGUAUCCGAAGAGGUGACUAUCUCGCGGCGCCUCGAGACCCUCGCAGAAGAGGUCAGCUUCGUGAGCCGCAGGGAGAGGGAGGCUCAGGAAGAGUACAGGCGACUCCGAGACGAGCUUGCCGGGCUAACGGCCGGGACAAACGGUGUUUAUUAA